UUCUGGAAAACAUCUGAAUCAUUUUCUAACCAAGCCCAGCUGCGCAGUGGAUGUGUGCGUCUGUGCGUGUGAGAGAGUGACUGGUGUGUGUGUGUGAGUGUAUGUGCGUGUGUGUGUGUGUGUGUGUGUGUGCGUGCGUUGGUUUUGUAUGGGGAACGGGGAGAGAGUGUGAGAGUGUUUGCCUCGCCGUUGCUCUCCAAAAAGGAAAGAGUAGGGCGGAAGAAAAAAAAUUGGACGUGUUUUUCCCCCGUAACUUUUUUUAGACAUGAACGCGGAGACGUGCGUUUCAUACUGCGAUAUGACAUCCAUGGAUUCAUAUUAUAGUUCACCCGCUUCACAAGGUAGGGAUCACCAAGCCAAUCCGUUUAGGGCAUUUCAAGCCAGUGACACCAAAUACAGCCCCUCUUUCCUGACCAACAAAGGUCAACCGUACGGAGAAAAGUCUCGUAGCCCGUUCCAAGCGGAAUGCCAGCCCCUGGACAACAACACUGGGGAAGGCACCUACAGCAAGUACCAGCAUUACAUGCAGAGAUCGUCCUGUAAAACUCCCCCUGAAGGAAGCAAGCUGCACACGGACAGCGGACACAACGGAGGACUCGGGUCCUGUUAUGGUAAGGAGAGCGGAGCGCUGACAGACGCAGAGGUCCCCCCAGGUGCAGACGCGGCGGGCAUGGACGGCAGCUACCUGAGUGUGAAGGAGGCAACGGGAGUGAAGGGGUCGCAGGAGCGAGGCUGCCCCUCGGACAUGUCCGGCGGCCUGGAGAAGAGCGAGGGCGAGAGCAACAAGGGCAAGAAGCGACGCAACCGCACCACCUUCACCAGCUACCAGCUGGAGGAGCUGGAGAAGGUGUUUCAGAAGACGCACUACCCUGACGUCUACGCCCGCGAGCAGCUCGCGCUCAGGACCGACCUCACGGAGGCCAGGGUGCAGGUCUGGUUCCAGAACAGAAGGGCAAAAUGGCGGAAGAGAGAGCGCUUUGGUCAGAUGCAACAGGUGCGAACACACUUCUCCACUGCCUACGAGCUUCCUCUACUUACACGGCCCGAGAACUACGCACAGAUCCAGAACCCCUCGUGGAUCGGCGGUGGCAGUGGGGCGUCUCCAGUGCCGGGCUGCGUGGUGCCCUGUGACCCCGUGACCUCCUGCAUGACCCCUCACCCCCACGCCGCCAGCGGGGUGUCCGACUUCCUGGGCGUGCCCAGUCCGGGUGGACACAUGGGUCAGACGGGUAUGAGCGGCCUGUUCGGCGGGCCCGGGGCCGCCAUGACCGGGCACAUGGGCAACAGCGCAGCGGGCAUCAACGGGUACCUGCUGAUGAAGGGGCCUUAUUGUGUCUGAUCACAGCAGAGAUCAGCACAGCAGUGCAGAGAAGCUACAAAACCGCAGGGCCUUUACAGACCAGAAGCACAACAAGCGCCUUUUUUUAAGUCUAUGCAUUCUACGCACCGUGCUCAACUGGAAACCAACACAGACUGCAACUGGCAGAGAGACAGCGGACGACUCGAGUGUGAUGUCACAAAGAUGGAUUGAUGGACCGCGAGGAGGAUGACAACGAUGAGACAAACAGUGAUGUCACAAAGACUGCCAAAAAAAACAAACGGAACACAAACACAAACAGACACGCAAACACAACACACACCACUCUCAACGUCUGCAGAAGAUCGACGCUGUUCUCUGCUCUUCAUCCAGCUGCCUGUGCCUGUUCCAAACUCAUUGGCCAACACAUCUGCUCCUGAGUGUAUGUCUGUGUGUGUGUAUGUGUGUGUGUGCACGCACGUGUGUAUGUGUGUGCAUGUGUGUGUGUCUCUCUGUCUGUCUGUCUGUCUUUCAGUCAGACAGAACAGGUGCUCUUGGCUUCAGCCCUCCCCUGAAAAGCAUGUUUGUUCUGUUUGCUGUCAGUCAGCUCUCCCUGUGGGCCACAGGCCGGGUCACAGGGUCAGAGUGAUGCGUCUGAGCGGAGCUGAGCUGAGCUGAGCCUGGGGAUUGUGGAACUGUGGAUUGGCUAAUGGGUCGCUAUCUUCUCACAAAUGUUUGUUUUGUUUCUCGGUUUUUCCUUUUGAUUCUUUGUUUGAUGUGCUUUUCCUCUGAUUUGCCUUCCCUCAUAAGUAGCAAUCCUGGAACUAGCUUCAGACAAACAGCAACCACACACAACUCAGUGAGAGCUUCAGAAUAGGCGCCAGAGCCAAUCAAAGCUCACCUUAACAUGUCAGAGCCAAUCAAAAUACAUCAUAUCCUUCAAGAGUCAAUCAGGGCCCAUCAGACCAUCAUAUCAUAUCAUCAUAUCAUAUUCUAUGACUGCCUUCACCUUUACACUUCUUUGGCAUGUGAGUGUGUGUGUGUGUGUGUGUGUGUGUGUGUGUGUGUGUGUGUGUGUGUGUUUGUGUGUGUGUUGAGGAAAAGGUCUAGUGUAUUCUGCUGUCUGGGUUGAUCUGCCCUCUGAGGCUGUGGUGUGUGUGUGUGUGUGUGCGUGUGUGUGUGUGUGUGUGUGUGUGCUCCUGUCUGGGUUGAUCUGUCCUCUGUGGUGGUGUAGGGAGACGUGAAACAGAGAUCAGAGUUUCUCUCACAGCACUGCAGAGCUGUCAGUCACCACUGUGGGAACACCAGAGCAGAGAGAGAGAGGGAGAGAGAGAGGGAGGGAGAGAGAGAG